GUCAUCGCUGAGACGCGAGAGGCAAAGGUUGGACGCUCCACAGCCUGAAAGCAAGACAAAGCGGUGUAAUAGACUUAAAGAAGCGUACACAAGACUUCAAAAAUAUAUUCAAAAUGUCUCAUCUAAAGGUUUUGGCUCCUGCAGCAUCAACUCUCAGUGAUCUGUUGGAACCGCUACCCACCGAAGCAGAAUUGACAAACAUUGAAGACCCAACAGAGUCAAGAACCAGAUUAGUGCUCCGUGGGCGAGUGGAGGAGGAGGUGCGGAAGUAUACUCAAAACAACAUUGUGCUACCACCCACUCUGCUGGACCAGGUGGCUGACCACGUCCUCUACCUGUCCAAAGAUGAACCCUGUGGUCUUAGAGGGUGCGUGAUAUUCGUAGCGUAUGAAGACCCAGAGUUAGGGGAGCAGUGCUUGGCGCAGGUGAAAGCCGACAAGAACAUGCCUUCCACACACUUCCUCGUACUCAAGCUAAAACCCGAUCCCACCUCUUGGUACACCAAGAUGGCCAGAAUCUUUAGGUCAUUAGGCGGCAAGAGGCGAAUGAUCGUAUCCCCCAAGUACGAGUUGACAAAGACGACUUUCUGCGAGUAGUUCCAAGGGUGUGUUGGGUUACUGUGUUAUUAUUAUGGUGUUCAUCACGAAGCUGCCACACUAUACUACCGUGGGCCAAGUCUGGAUGACGUCCUUAUCACCACCUUACAAUAAUACUACAUAAAUGGUGGUCGAUUGAACUCUUUGGAAGACGGAUGACGGGGUAGCUGUUUUUUCUUCUGUUGUUCGAGUCUUCAGGUUCUUCACUAGCUUUCUUCACGCCACGUCUCAAGUUCAUCGUGGGUCAUCAUCACACUUCACCUCGGGACGUGACCAAACAAACACAUUCAUCAUCAACUUCAGCAGAAUCAAAGUGAUAUGUAUCUCAAGUUAUUUCUCACAAACCAUAACUCACACUGGUUGGUCCUCUCAUUACUCACUUAGCUCAUAAGAAGGCAUACUGGAGAUUAUUUAGAAAGGAAUGAAAAUCUAGGAGUGGCACUGCCCUCCUUGCCUCACGGUGCUUGAGGUGUCGUGGUGUUUAGUGUUGUCAUGCAUCACCACUGUCCAUGACUUGUGUAACUGUCAGUCAUAUAUCCCCAUAUGUCAUCAUCAUCAUUUGUUACAUUUUACCUGAAAGGAAAACUCCUUGGAUCUCUGCACCAAACACCAAACUAGUUCUUAAGAAAGUCCUCUCUUUGUCUUCUGUCUGGGGACUAUGACCAACAGGGCAACGGCUUCUACAACUUCCAAAAUAAGUUUGAGUGUCUGUCGGUCACCCCAGACUCUGUGCUCAAAAAAAAGGAUUUAACGUAAUAUUUGCUUUAAAAUGCUCUUGAACUCUGAGAAUGUAAGGUGCAUGUUAUGGCUCUUGUGGCCCAUAGCUCACUGUAUACUGCUCUGUUGAUUCAAACUUAAUUUAAAGGGAAACAAGAAGCAGAGUUGAGCUAUUUUAAGUAUUUUGUUUAUGACUUUCAACAACUUGCCAUUAAUGGGCACACAGUGUCAGAAUACCGUUAUAUAUAUAUAUAUAUAUAUAUAUAUAUAUAUAUAUAUAUAUAUAUAUAUAUAUAUAUAUAUAUAUUGAUAGAUAGAUAUUGAGUCGACAGUGUUAUUUAUAUGUAUAACAACCUUGCCAGGGUGUUAACUAGAACUAACUGUAUUCAUUGUCCGGGUCUUACAAAUGGUAUAAUGUUUGUAAUUAUUCCCGGGCAAUUACUGUAACGAAUUGGAUCGACCCUUCGCCUAGUGCGAUACAUGAAUGGGUCAACUCGGGUCUGUGGAGAAGCUUAAAUACCAUAAGGACUAUCUUCUCCCACUGUCAUAUGGGAAAAGAUAUCCCUAUGGGCAUUUAUCAUUGGUUCUGGCAGACUUGUGAUGCCCCGCAGCGCUGCUAAGGGUGUCUCCUAGUCAGGCACUGGUUGCCUCAUGUGAUAUAGUUGCUUUGUGAUAAUAUUUUUCUAUCUCGAAAAAUAAACGUACAAAUGUUUGAAACUA